GAAAUAAGGAAGCUAGUUAGCUUAUGGCUACGCGUCUGCGCGUUUAUUAUGCUUGUGGAGAAAUUCCAUGCUGUGCCUCAUAAUUGUCAACUCGAGCCAACACCGCCAAGAUUGAGCCAGGAGACGGUGUGAUGAUCGGGCCAUGAUUUUCGGACCCAAGACGGCGGACGAUUUGAGCAUUAGAAAUCUUAUAAGUAUUUCUUCCCCGUCAUCUUCGGAAUCUAUAACUCACUUGGGCGAGAACACAAUUCUUCUUCUGGCCGGUCCAAUUCCUUUCGAGGGGUUUCAUUUCAGUACAGACACCAUUGGGGUCUCUUGCCACCCAUCAUGGCAUUUAGGGGACUUAUAGGUCUCAUCUCACUUAUCGUCGUCAUAGUUGCUAUCACGCUGAACUAUGGAGGCAGUGAGCAAUGUCGGUCUAUUCCUGGAGACCAAUCAUGGCCCAGUCCAGCGGACUGGAACGACCUCAAUCACACGGUGAACGGAAAAUUGAUUGCAGCCGUACCUAUCGCAGCCCCAUGUCAUCAUUCCGUAGGCGACGCAGUCACCUUCAACCAGGACCAGUGUGACGCGCUGCGUGACGAAUGGUUUUACCCCAAGACGCAUCUAGGAUCAGCGUCCUCGCCCAUGGCCUACCAGUUCACCAACGACAGCUGUAACCCCUUUUCCGAUCCGGAAGUUCCAUGCACCCUUGGAUAUAACGUCGCAUACACGGUCAACGCCACUGAAGUUGCUGAUUUCCAAGCCGCUCUUCAAUUUGUCAAGCGCCACAACAUCCGUCUCGUCAUUCGGAACACCGGACACGAUUAUCUGGGUAAAUCGACCGGAGCACACGCUCUCGCAGUAUGGACCCACCAUCUGAAAUCACUUGAACUUAUCCCGGAGUAUCAACAUGAUUCGGGAUAUCAAGGUGCCGCAAUCAAAGUGGGCGCCGGUGUUGAAUUUAUUGAUCUUUACAACUUUGCGUCAUCCAACGGCCUCAUGGUAGUCGGCGGCAACUGUCCCAACGUAGGUUCAGCAGGAGGUUAUACUCAAGGCGGCGGUAUCGGCAUACUUUCGUCUAAAUUUGGUCUCGCCGCCGACAAUGUACUUGCUUGGGAGGUUGUCACCGCAGCUGGCGACCACGUUACGGCCAGCGCGACGGAGAACGCGGACCUGUAUUGGGCUUUGCGAGGUGGUGGCGGUGGCACGUACGGUAUUGUGACUUCGAUGACCAUUAAGGCCUACCCGGACACUACUUUCUCGGCCGCCUACAUGUCUGUCUUCAACGACGGAAGCAACACAGACGCCAUUUACUCCACGAUUGGCACCUUCUUGCAGUCAUUGCCUAGCCUUGUUGACGCUGGCGCCUGGGUGGUCUGGGUUGCCGCACCUUUCGGGUUCUUGGUGAUGCCGGCGAUGGUCGCGGAUGUAAAAGCAUCCGAGCUUGACGCUUACUUCCAACCUACGAGGGAGAAGAUGGAUCAGCUCGGGCUUCAGUACCAAUACCAAUCCGCCGAUUACCCCGGUUUCCUCCAGAGUUAUCAAUCCAUACCAUCCACCUGGAACGUCUCGGAUCAUAACCUCGGUGGCCGAUUAAUUCCCCGCGAGCUUGUCAAAGACCAGGAGAGCACCGAUUCUCUCUUAAAAGCCAUCCGGGCCAUUAGCACUAAGACUCUCCUGUCUGGCGUUGCGUUCAACGUCGCCAAGGGCGUUUCGUCCCCCGACGAAGUCGCUGCGAACCCCUAUUUCCGCAAGACAAUCUUCAGCGCCGUUCUCGGCACACCGAUCAACUACACCGAUUUCACAUCAAACAAGGCCGCUCAAGAUGCUGUGACGCACACUUUCCUACCCGAAUUGGAGGCAGUGACGCCUAAUGGAGCUGUAUACUUGAACGAGGCUGACUUCCAAGCCGCCGACUUCAAGACCACUUUCUAUGGGGGAAAUUAUGAGAAACUGUUGGCUAUCAAGAACAAAUAUGAUCCUGAUGAUAUCUUUUACGCCAAGACGGCAGUGGGCAGUGAUCGCUGGGAGCAGAGAGCGGAUGGAAGGCUCUGCACAAAAUGGGGUGCUGUUUGGGAACAAUAUAUACCUAAAUUUCUGAGAUGAUGUACUAGAGAUUAGGAGGGAUAUCCGGUACUUAGCGAUGAAUACCUAUGUAUCAUUAUGUGGUGAUUCCACUAUGAACUAGUGGGUAAAAGUUGGGUGUCAGUGAAUUGGAUAG